AUGGGCACUGGGAAGUGUACUGCACAUGGAUUAUUUGGCAUGAUUAAUGUUGCAUGUCCAUGUCCAGCAGGACUCUUUAUGGUGUCGGAAUCAGCCAUUGAAACGAUAUGUCAGCGCUGUAGCCAUCCCCUCCAAGAUCACCGUGAUUUUUCCCCUGAACCAGCUCUAAAAGAAGAAUCUACAUCUGCCAGCAACUCUGAGCACGCGCAGGAACAUGUUAUAAAAGUUACCCCUAAGCCAACAAGAUGUCGACGCACUAGCACAGUAUCAGAGCUUGCAACUGCUCUGGAUGAUCAAGAUGUUAUUCACGUACGCGGAACACCAGCAAGUGGGAAAACAGUACUAUCCCAACUCUUAAGGGACUAUUACCUGGAAAAUAAUAGGAAGGUUUUUCUACUUGAGUACUGGAAACCAUUAGAUCUUUCCUAUAGCCAGGAUGCCUGGACCGAGUUCUUCUUGCGCCUGCAACAUAGGUAUCCUGGCUAUCGUUCUACAGAAUUUUUUGCCUCAAAGAAUGUCAUCCUUGUGGAUGAGGCUCAGGGUUCUUAUACAGAUUUUGGCUUCUGGAACACAGUUAUUAAAGACCGACGGUCUGGCAUAGGCUAUGAUAUAAAAAUUUGUCUUUUCUCUUCUUAUGGAAGUCCGUGGACAGGCCUGGAUUCAAAUAAAGUAGUUUUUACACCAGCUACUUUUGGUCCCCCGCAGCGCGUCACACUAACCCCCCAACCUGAUGAAGGGGCACCUAAAAUCGGUUUAUUUUUUACUGAAGAAGAAUUCAAUCAAGCUGUGGAUCUUUUGACUACCUGUCAAUAUGAAGAGAAGUUCAACCUUGAUGCUGAGGCUAGAAGGUACUUGUUUGCACUCACAGAUGGGCAUCCAGGGGCCGUAUCAUCAUUAGUCAAUCUUGUUCAUUAUAUGCAUCGUCAUAACCUCAAGCACGGAUGUUGUAGUACGAUAACAAAAGACUAUAUACUUGAUACUUUAAAGGACGAUGCAAAAGUUUUUACAUAUCUUGAAUCUCAGGCUGUUUUUCGUUCUUUUCCUCGAGGAAGAAGCUUCACAUCCACAGCUGCUGCAAUAUUAAGCACAAUUUUAGAGGAGGGGAAUAUGCUAUUUGAGGAUGAAGAUAUUGGCAUGCAGACUUGUUACCAGAAUGGCUGGAUUAAUAGAAUUACUAUGGAAACUAAUAAUACAGCUGAUAUUGCUAUCCUACCAUCACGCCUGCAUGAGAAAUAUAUUGAAUAUACUAUCGGCCAGGAAUCAAGAUCCUUACCCGCAAGAUUCACUAAACUGGAUGACUUAUGCCUGGCAGUUCUUGGAAAAUUCUCAACAAUCAACCUAAGAUAUGCUACUAAAGGCAAGAAAAUAUCUACUGCAGCAAAAUAUACACCUAUAGAGGCACAAUAUCAGGACGAAUUUUAUAGGGCAUUUAAUCUUUUAGUAGGCCGAGGUGUACCAAUUUGCAGUGAAUGGUCAAGAACCAGGGAUGGUCGAGUUGAUUUCUACAUUCCAGAGAAGAAGUGGGCGAUUGAGUUACUCAGGGAUCACGAUCGAGUCUAUGAAUAUGUGUCUCGAUUCAAGGCAGGAGGGAGUUAUUAUUCCUGGAUAGAGGAGGGUAUGAUUGAUGAUUGGAUUAUCAUCGACUGUGCGACCUCUCCGCCAGCUAGUGGAUACCCCGAGCCGAGACUAUGGAAUGCCGUUUUCACCGAUGAUUAUACUAAUUUGCGGGUAUAUGAUCACCAGGAGGAGCUUUUAAGCAUUCGUCUGAAAAAUUAA